CACAGACUCAGUCACACAUCCAUCAUGUCUGUGAGCAGCUCGCUUUAUAAGCACUCUUCCUCUUCAUCACUGUGGACUUUUAUCCUGUGCUCAGCUUUCAGCGUCUGGACUCCGGUUCAAGGUGAGGUUCUGGUGAUUGGUUCAAAUCUUCCAAUCAUCGCUGCUCCUGGUGAUGAUGUGAUCCUGCCGUGCCACCUGGAGCCCUUGUUUGAUGUUCGGGGUCUGACGGUGGAGUGGUCCCAACCCGACCUGAAGCCCGACCCGUCAGACCGGCUGAGCCUAGUCGAGUACGUUCACCUGUACAGGGACAGGAAGGAGGUCCCCGACAUGAAGCUGGCAUCGUACUUCAGGAGGACGGAGCUGUUCAUGGACGACCUGAAACACGGGAACAUUUCACUGAAGAUCCUGAACGUGUCGGAGGAAGACAGCGGCAGAUACAGAUGUUUCAUCCCGAAGCUGCUUAGCAGAGUGAAGGCCGCCAUCGUUCAGCUCGUAGUUGAUCCAAACUUCACUAAAACAUCAAAGAUGGAGACGCAGCUGCAUCCCAGAAACUACCAAACUCCAAAUCCACAAGACAUAACUCCAGGAAGCGCGUGUCAGUCCAGGCUCUCUAAGGUCAGCGUUGUCAUAUCGGCUCUUGCUGCUUGUUUCUCUCACCACUCAUCACUUUGCAUCUGAAACUCAAUCUCUCAGCUGUGGCUGCUGUCACACACUGGAGGGUCUGCCUGGAAAACAUCAACCAAUGAAGGAACCCUGGGUCAAAACUGAUGGACACCAUGACUGGUUAAGGUCACCUUAAACCUUGCUCAAAGCGACCUGAUCAUCACUGACAGUGAUCCCUCUCAGAUGGACUUGCAGGUUUAUUUAACAGGUUUUCCUGGAUUUUUCCAACUCCACCCUUGGAAAGAAAUUCCCAUUGCUGUGAAAACUUUGGUCACACCCACAUGUGGAAAGGUUGAAAGAAACUGACCUGAAAAACAUGUGGCAGACCAUGAAGUUUGGAGAAACAUCAGCAGGCUUUGAUGCAUCAUAAACAGGGUUUAUGGAGACUGUAAACAACCUGAGUUCUUAUCUGAAAGGGCAAACUGUGCUUUGAAAAGUUCUUCUUGUUUUAACUCUUUAUUAAUGUCCUCUAAUUUAUUAUUUUAUUUGACCUUCAAGACUGAUAUGCUGUGACUAUAUGAAACUGUAAGUUGAAUUAGAAUGUUCCAGUACUUCAUGCCAUCUCAUAGAAUGCAGUCUGACCCAGA